GUCGACAAGAGCACACACUUAGAUGUUUAUCAAUUAUGGAUUUGAAGAUAAUACUUGAGAAAAAAUUAAUAUUUCAAUGUCAUCAAAUGGAGUGAUUACUUUGAUGUUAAAAGAUAAAUUAAUUGGUGACAAGGGAAAAGACAUGGAGAAUUACACAAAUGCAACCAAUUUAACUCGGAUUUCAGCAUUUCUACACAAGAAUGAUAGUGUUGUUUUCUAUAACUUUGUGGCAGGACUGUAUGUAUAUGCCAUACCAUUAAUCUCCGUUAUCGGCGUCAUUGGAAACGUUUGGUCUUUUAAAGUUUUUGUGUUUACAAGUUUUAACAAACAUCCUUCUAGUAUAUAUCUGGCAAUGCUUGGAGUAUCGGAUACUUGUUUUUUAAUUGCACUGAUAUUUGGAUGGAUCGGAACAAUACACAAUUCAACGGUGAAUACAGGAGUUUUAUGUUUGGUAUCAGUGUAUAUAGCUUACGUGUCAAGUUUUUUGUCAGUUUGGUAUGUUGUGUUGAUUAUGGUAGACCGUUUCAUUGUUGUCUGCUUUCCGUUAAGAGGAUAUCGACUUUGUUCAAAACGACGCUCCCUUAUUGCUGGAACUGUAGUUACAGUAUUUGGUGUUUUAUUUUAUAGCCAUUCCUUUUUCACAGUUCAAGUUGUUCCAACACCAGGCGGUUUUUCUUGCCAAUUGAACAACGAUUACAGACAUCUUGUAACUGUCAUCACAUAUAUUGAUACGGGUAUAACUUUUGUAUUUCCGUUCGUCGCCAUAUUUGUUUUAAACAUUGUUGUCAUCGUGACUAUUCGGAAAUUUAGCUUCAAGCAUGUGACACUACGCGGAAACAAAUAUUACUCACCGCCCCACAAUAUUCUUUCGAAUGCACAAAUGAGACUGACAGUUAUGUUGAUUGUAGUGGCUAUUGUAUUCCUCGUUCUAAAUUUGCCGAGUCAUGGCAUUCGAUUCUACAUUCUUGUUAAAGAUCUGGCACAAACAAAGGAUUUGGUAUUGUUUUUGUCCCAACAGAUAUGUCAAAUAUUAUAUUAUAUCAAUUUUUCGGUAAAUUUUACUUUGUAUGUCUCUUCAAGUAAAACAUUCAGACGUUGUUUGUUUGAAAAAGCCAGAUGUUUACGGCACUGAUCGUAAAAGGACAGCAAGCCGUUGAUGACGGUACAUUAAUAACAAAAUUGUUGUUUUGUAAAUUAUAUUCAAACAUUCCUUUGAUAAUAUAUUAGUUUGAGGAUUCUAGCUACGUGUGACCAGAGUCCCACGGUUCUUUUAAAUUCAUCAAUAUGAACAUGUCCGUGUGGAGGCCCUUGGGAUAUGAAAGUUUCAAUUCCAGAAACUAUGCCGGAAAAUGAGUGUUUCCGUCGGCUGAAUUCAAUUCAAAAAGAACAAUGUAUGGAGGACAUCAAUUAACAACAAGGAAAAGUGUAAGAUAUAACAAUAGUUGCAAAAUGCGUAACUCCGAUAUGUACACAAUAACCAUAAAAAAAAUUUAAACGAGUUUUUGUCAUUUCUUAAUGCAUUAUUAGACGACUUACAGAAAAGAAAAGAAAUUAGAAAAAUGCGAGCUGGGAUCAUUCCUAAUCAACGACUUGAACAAAGUGUUGAAUAUUUAAUCGUCAAAUUGCAAUAUAUCUGGAUGUUACAAUUUAUUUCAGUUUUAAUAAGCAAGAGGAGGAAGGAGUGAAAUUGUUUCAGUAUUUUCUACCUACAGCUAUUAGUUCAAAUAUGUUAAUACAUUGCAACAUAAAGAAAAUAUGUGUGUACGAAAAGUUCACAUUGUAUAAAUGAUCACAAAGGUCAGCUUUAAUUUGAUACAUUUUCAAACAUCAUCAUAAAUAUCAAAGUUUUGUAUUACAUUAUUUAUUUUUCUGGUAUAUUAUCUAUUGA